GUACAUAUGUCAAGUCUCUCCAUCUUCUCCACGCUGGAGGAGGUGAUACCAGUAUCGGACGAGGACCUCAGAGCUGGUAUCGGAUCAUUGGCCCCUCAAAUCGUUACAGAGUAUGUGUUCUACCUGAGAAACGUAGAGAGAAAAAACCGAGCAGAAAAGGAUGUAGCAGUGGCGGAAAAAGAUGUAGCAGUCGCGGAGAAUGUACGGUUAGAGAGAAAGUUGGAAACAUUACAGAAGGAGAUGGACAGGACCAUGAAAAUGCUAAAUGAUCAUGAUGUACCAGCCUGCGCUCCGCCCUUAUACAACGCCUUACCCGACCUUCCAGCAGUGCUGAACGUUGAUGAUACACUGGUACCCCUUGCCCCACCCCUAUACAGCGUACCUCGCACCACCAGUACUGUUGGUGCUGCACCACAACGUUUACCACCACCAAAUGAACAACAUGGGUGUCUGAUACAGGCAAUAGAUGGCCCUGCAGCUGGCUGCGCUCUGACUCACAACUCUGAUAGGAGGAACAAUUUCUCUUACUGGAUUCACACUCAACAAACAUGGCUAGUACAGAACUAUGACAGGUGGCUAGUGACAAAAUGUGAAGUCAACUCUCAGGAUUGUUACAAAAUCAAAGCUUUGGAUAGUAGUGAUGGUAGCGACCACGUGUUUACUGUUAAGCUAGAGAGCUGGAAUUCACAGUAUGCUGAAAAGAAAAUAUCUGGUGUAACCAGGAUGAGGAUCAAAGAGCAGCUAUCAGAGACCGGGCCCUACAGAUUGGGAGUAGACUUUGGAUUCUGUGAGGGAAAGAUUUGGGUAAACAAAGGCUGCAGAGCAGUGUUCGAGGUGACAACAAACCAGGAUCCCAACGCUGGUCGAAUGUUAGUGGUACUAAAUGAUAAACACGGAGAUGACGGUAGAGCACUAGUUCACGAAACCCCACAUAGCAAAGCAAACGAGUGCUGGAUGAUCGAGUAUAUCAACGGAAGUAACAGGAGGUUAGGUUGCAGAAUACGAAAAACUCAAGAUAUUCAUAUAAAUAAAUACCUCGUGUCUAGAAGACAGCGGGAUGAGGGAACGUUUUGGGUCGACGUAACGGAAGAUGUUGAAGAUGCGACUUUGUGGCAGAUUAUUGACCAACAGUCAGAAUCUUCUGUGAUAAAUGCUCAUGGUGCACCACCCUCUGAUCCACCCUCUGCAUCACCCUCUGCUCCACCCUCUGCAUCACCUUCUGCUCCACUCCUAUACGACAUACCUCCCUACCUGCCCACUACCAGUACUGCUGGCGCAAGUUCUAGUUCGUUUCAAUGCUCAACUUCACCUGAACAACAAGGGUAUGUGAUACAAACAAUAGACGGACCUGCAGCUGGCUGCACUCUGACUCACAACUCGGACGAAAGGAGCAAAGUUUCUUACUGGGUCCACACUCAACCACCAUCUGCUCAAGGAAAAUAUGACCUUUGGAAAAUAAAAAGAUGUGAAGUUAAUUCUCAGGAUUGUUACAGAAUCGAAGCUUUGGAUAGUAGUGAUGGUAGCGACCAACUGUUAACUGUCAAGCUAGAGAGCUGGAAUUCACAGUAUGCUGAAAAGAAAAUAUCUGGUGUAACCAGGAUGAGAAUCAAAGAGCAGCUGUCGGAGACCGGGCCCUACAGAUUGGGAGUAGACUUUGGAUUCUGUGAGGGAAAGAUUUGGGUAAACAAAGGCUGCAGAGCAAUCUUCGAGGUGACAACAAACCAGGAUCCCAACGCUGGUCGGAUGUUAGUGGUACUCAAUGAUAGACACGGAGACGACGGUAGAGCAAUAGUUCACGAAACCCCACAUAGCAAAGCAAACGAGUGCUGGAUGAUCGAGUAUAUCGACAAUGAAAACAAAAGUUUGGGGUGCAGAAUACGAAAAACUCAAGAUAGACAAAAAGAUAAAUACCUCGUAUCGAGAAGACAGCGGGAUGACGCAACGUUUUGGGUCGAUGUAACGGAAGAUGCUGCAGAUGCGACUUUGUGGAAGAUUGAUCAACUUGGAACUUAUUGAGACCAUGCAGGUGACAAACACGUGAUAAUGAAACGCUAAAAUAAUAUUAACUCUACUAGUGGCUAGUACUUAACCGUCUUUAUGAUUAAAUGUUAAUCUGGAUAUACAAAAACAAAAUUGAGUAUUUGGAUUUUUAUCAGCAAAUAUCUUAUUGUACUGGUUGGGGAAAUCCUUUGUAGGUUUGCAAAAUUUACAAUGUGAAGAUGUUUUUACCAAGGUAAAUUCUAUUUGUAAUGUACGAGGAUUAUGACUCCUCGGAGUCCAUUUCAUUUAAAUUAAUUCCUUCAAUAAUGUCCUCAAUAAAUGUAUUUAUUUGUAUUUGUGAAAAUAGUUUAAAACUUAACGUUGUGUGGAUUUUGAAGAAUAUUCGACCUAU